ACAAAAACAAGCAAUUUCAGCCUUAGUUGAACCAUUUUCUUUUUCACUUUUCACUUUUUUCUUUCCCCCCCCCAUUCUUCGUAUCUUUCAACAACACAUCUUCCAUCAAUGACAGAUAUUGCUUCUCAACAUGAGCAAGAACGGUUUGCUGCUGCUGAGAAAAGGCUCCAAUCUCUUGAAAGGUUGGAUGAUGCAAAUGGUGCUGGCGGAUGGAAUUGGUUCACUUUUCGUACCAUACUGACUUCCGGUGCCGGCUUCUUCACCGACUCGUAUGAUGUCUUUAUUAUUAAUCUCGUAACACCUAUGCUUGGCUAUGUCUACUAUUCUCAACACGGCAACAAAAUUCCAUCCAAUAUUGAAGGCAUCUUGAAAGGUAUGUCUUCGGUGGGUACCUUUAUUGGUCAGCUUCUAUUUGGUUUCUUGGGUGAUAUUCUUGGUCGUAAGAUAUACGGUUUUGAGUUGUUGAUUAUUAUCAUCGGUACGAUCAAUUGUGCUACUUCUGCUUCAGCUAUUCGUGGUGUGGAUGCUAUUGCAUUUCUUGGAUUUUGGCGUCUGAUUCUUGGUAUUGGUGUUGGUGGUGAUUAUCCUAUGUCUGCUACUAUUACCUCUGAAUGGUCCGCUGCUGGUAAACGCGGUAUGAUGAUGGCCCUCAUCUUUUCUAUGCAGGGUAUUGGUAACUUGUCUGCUGCUAUUGUUACAUUGAUUCUUUUGGCUAUUUUCAAAGGUGCUAUUAAUGCUGAUGUGAUGAAUUUGGAUUAUGUCUGGCGGCUCUGUAUUGGCCUUGGUGCUGUUCCUGCUGUAGCUACCAUAUACUUGCGUUUCACUAUGCCUGAAUCACCUCGCUACUCUCUUAAUGUGCAAGGCGAUGUUGAAGCUGCCGCUCAAGCGAAAGGUCAAACAGUCAGCGAAGAGCUUAUCAAACAACACACUAAAACAGAGGAAAAGCGCGACCACUGGGCGGAAUUCAGAGCUUACUUUGGUCAAUGGAAACAUCUUAGGGUAUUGAUCGGUACUGCUGCCUCUUGGUUCCUCCUCGACGUUGCUUUUUAUGGUCUCGGGCUCAAUAAUUCUGCUAUUUUACAAGCCAUCGGUUUUGCUCAUAAAGCUACACCUUUUGAGACUCUUUGGGCCAAUACUGUUGGUCAAAUCAUUAUCACUUGUCUUGGCUCCGUUCCUGGUUAUUAUAUUACUGUCUUCACCGUUGAAAAGCUUGGUCGUCGUACCAUUCAAAUCAUGGGUUUCACUGCUACCACUAUUUUGUUCGCUAUCAUGGCUGGUUGUUAUAACAUCUUGAUUGAAAAAUCUAUGCCUGCUUUCAUUUUCCUCUUUACCUUAGCACAACUUUUCCAAAAUUUUGGUGCGAAUGCUACUACUUUUAUUAUUCCUGGUGAAGUGUUCCCUACCAAAGUUCGUGCCUCUGCUCACGGUAUUUCUGCUGCCUCUGGCAAAGCAGGUGCUAUUUUGGCAUCCUUUGCUUUUAACGUACUUGUCGAUAUUGGUGGUGCUCCUGGUCAACAUGCAUUCUUGCCUCAAACUCUUGGUAUCUUUGCGGCUGUCAUGUUUUUGGGUCUUAUUGUCACUGUUCUCUGGGUUCCCGAAUCAAAAGGUAAAGAUCUUGAAGAGUUUGAAGAGGAUUAUAUCCCUCCUGUCACUUUACAAUUGGAUGCUUCUGAGGAAGCAAGCACAACCAAUGAAGCUAUACUACCUGAAUUAAAAGCUUAAAAUCACAUUUACCAUUUCAUUUAAAUCUUUUUUUUUCUUCUUUUUCUUUUGUACAUUACUAACACUUCAUAAAUAACCCGUUUCUUUUUAAUGAUCUGACGUACUCUAAUUCUGUAAAUAUCACAUUAUUCCUUAUCAUAUAUCUCUCAAACAUGAGGUUCACGAAAUAAAUUGUAUACAAUAAUAAUGACAA